AUGGCUUUGGUACAAUCCUUAGAAGAGUCGGCCUCGUCAGAAUCGAUUUGGAGACACCUUCGUGGCCAUCAUGGAAUAAGCAAGACAUCGUUCAAUGUCCCCGCCAGAAUUACCGAUCAUCCUUCCACCCCAACGGAAUCAAAAGUCACUUCCGGUUUACUCUACAACGAUGUCGCAGUUGAACACUCCGGUCGGGGGAUUCAACUCACUGUUAACGAGCAACAAUGCCUCAUAAGUUUGUGUAGAAAUAUGAUGGACCAUUACGAACUGGGACACUACCCAAAAAGUUUCUGGAUUCGCAUCUCCGCGGCACUACAGGAGCAAACUGGCCGCCGAUAUUCGUGGCAGUCAUGUCGACGACGCAUUAUCGGCUAUAUCACGAAACGCAAGGCGUACUGGGCUGCUUACAAAUAUAAUCACAUUCCGGAGUGUGACAUGCACAGCGAAGUCGCAGACGACGUUGAUUCCUGGAUGGGCUCGUGCGAUAGAAAGUUGGGACGGCCUGUGCGCCAUGAAGUCGCCUUGAAAGCGGCCGAAAAACCCGAAGAAGCCCCGCCACUUCGGGGAUCAGUUCAGCAACUGAUUAAGUACACUCGGGUCUCAAAUUGGGUUGAAAGCCUUCCGCCACCCGCAGAGAUGGACCCUUUACCAACGAAAUUCGGCAUUCCUUCAUUGAGCUGGUGCCCGCCUUUCUCGAGUCACCAGUCAUUUUCCCAUACCCAGUCUCCGAGCCAAUCACCGGUGCUCAACGAGAUCUCUAUGUACCGUCAGCGGGCGGGCGCUCCUCGUGGCAUUCAUCUCGCACCGUCUAACACUCCCUCCUACAGAGGCCAGCCUACGGAGCAACAGGAGAGGCCGAAACUCUCCCCAUUAACCAAUGGUGCCGUUCAACCUCAGGCUUCUCCAGGCGUUGUCCCUGAGACAUCUCACAACACUCAGGCCGGCAACAAACGACCUCGUGACGACGAUGACAACGAUGACGCAGCCCAUGAUCGUCCCGCUCAUCGUCUCCGUCAAGACGAGCCCAGCCAUCCAUCGGCCACCAUAACUCUGAACCAGGAAUCUGCUUUGAACGGCACGACAGCCGUAGACAGUUCUGUCGAGAACACGUUUGGCAAACUCUGGGAGCGAGUUGCACCACUCUUCAAGGAUCCUGUUCUGGCCCAGGGCCCCGCGGCAUUGAAAUCCGAAUCCAUCAUGCGCGAUUUAUUCAGCGAAAUUGGAACGGCUCUAACUAAAGCCUUUACGAGAAUGAGAGAAGACAAUGACGGACAUGAGAAGAUCUGA